CACCAUGACCUCUAACUUUGCAUUACCACGUCCCCUGAGGAGAUCCUGGAGUCUGGCCUCGGCACGGACCGUGCGCAUCGUGGUGCUGGGUCAAAGCGCGGUGGGGAAAACAGCCCUGACUGUAAGAUUCAUCACUAAAAGAUUCAUUGGAGAUUAUGAUCCAACUCUUGAAAUGAUUUACAGACAUACAGCCGCAAUAGACGGAGAAUUUGUUCAUUUUGAAAUCCUAGAUACGGCCGGGCAGGAGGAAGAUUCUUUGCAGAUCGAAGAAAAAAUCAAAUGGGGCGAUGGCUUUGCAGUUGUUUAUUCGGUGACAGAUCGCUGUAGUUUCGAUGAGGUCAUGAGGUUAUGUUUUCUCAUUAAUCAUAUCCACUCCAGUACAAGGAAAGGAGCCGGCGACCAACCUCCCGUUGUAAUCGUGGCAAACAAGAAAGAUCUACAGUUCGAUCGCAUGGUGUCCACCGAUGACGGCGAAAAGCUGUCUAGAGCCUUGAAGCAUCACUUUUUUGAAAUUUCCACAAGAGACAGUUACGAGGAGGCCGCAGUUGUAUUUAAUAGUGUCUACUACGAGCUACUGAAACAAGGAAGCCUUUCUCCGGGAUCGUUCAAGAAAAGGACUGUGUCUAAACUCAUGGAAAAAAUUCCCAAACUUUACGCCAACUCUACGCUAAAUACAACCGGCAGGAGUUUAAGUUUCAAUUCUUUUCGAGAUUAUAUCCCUGAAUGAACUGUCGCCACGGGCUGCCGUCGUAAAACUACUAACGACUGUGAUACGAGUCCUAACAUCUUUUCCAUUAGAAGUGUCAAUAAGUUGGAUUCUCAUUGGAUUCUCAUUCUCACCGGGCAUUUGCUUGGUGUGCCAGGUGGCCAGUCCGGCACACCAAGCCUAUAGCCUAUAGCUGUAGAAGUUGAGAGUGAGUUAAAAAAAUACAGUAUAGAUGUUACUUCCAUCCACAAAUGUAUUCAUUUUAAACGAACAAUAGGAAUAUGUGCCUUUAAAUGGGUACUUAGAGCUCAAUAUUUUAUGAGCAUUGGUCAUUCAUUCCACUCGAAAAAUGAAUUCAUGUUGAUAACCAGUUUGGGAACUAAGUCCAGCGCGCACGGCUAUAAUGUGUGAUGGGUAGAUGUCCCUUAUAAAGGGAGAGAGAAGCUCGGAAUUUUUCUGAAUAGUUUAAUCGGGCAAUUGCAGUGAAAUAAAUCACAAUGAAAUAAUUAUAUAUAA